AUGGCGUCAAGCAUAGAUGCCAAAUUGCUCAGACAGACCAAGUUCCCUCCCGAGUUCAAUCGGAAGGUGGACAUGAAGAAGGUCAAUAUUGAGGUUAUGAAGAAAUGGAUUGCUGGAAAGAUCUCUGAGAUACUUGGAAACGAAGACGACGUCGUUAUCGAGCUCUGUUUUAACUUACUAGAAGGCUCGCGAUUCCCGGAUAUCAAAUCUCUACAAAUUCAGCUUACGGGCUUUCUGGAUAAGGAUACCGCCAAGUUCUGUAAAGACCUCUGGUCACUAUGUCUCAGCGCUCAAGAGAACCCCCAAGGCGUCCCGAAGGAGCUCCUGGAAGCCAAGAAACUUGAACUCAUACAAGAAAAGAUCGAGGCCGAGAAAGCAGCGGAAGAAGCUCGCCGCAAGAAGGAGCAGGAGCUAGCGCGCGAAAGGGAGCUGGAAGAAAUCCGGCGAAGAGAACGCUUCGAUCGCAAUCGGGGCAGACGAGGCGGCGGUCGUGGAGGUCGAGACUUUGAUAGACGGCCAUACAGGGACAACCGAUCGCCACCCAGGCGACGAAGCCGCGAGCGAUUUCGUGAUCCACCCUCAAGACGAGAAUUUGAUUCUUACGUUCCCCCAGGUUCGCGCCGGGGCCGUCGGCCUUCAAGAUCGCCCAGCGCCUCUCGCUCCCGCUCUCGUUCCGUUUCCUCAUCUCGAUCGCCACCUCGUCGACGCCUACCAAGCAGAGACAGAUAUCGGGAUAAACGUCGCCGCUCCGCGAGUGGCUCUGUUUCUCCAGUAAGAGGAGACCACAGGAGACCGAGAAGACGCAGCCCAGACUACGAAGAGACCAAAGGAGACGAAGAUCUGUCUCUUCCCGCAGUUCAUCCCGUUCGCCGGCUCCCCGAGACCGGCGCAGAGGGGAAGACCGAUCCCGCUCCAGGUCAAGGUCUAGGUCGCGAGGGCCGGAUGAGAAGGGCAGCAGACGGAGGGGAUCCUCACCUGACACCUCAAAAGCUGACAAGAAUGAACCAACCGCUGAUUCUGCAAAGGCCCGCAAGUCCCGUGAUGAUCGCCGUUUGA